UAGAUAGCAGCAUUGCCGAGCUUCGGUCUCGGGUCUCGUACGUAACAUUUAUAUCACGAUGCAUUCACCUACGAAAGCGCACACCACGAGGCCCGUUAUUCUUGUUACGGCUGGUUCAGCAGGACUUGGCGCCGCCGUGUCACGCCUUUUCGCGAAAAAUGGCUACCGGGUUGUCGUCAAUUAUGCGCACAACUCACAGCGUGCAACUGAGUUGGUAAAAGAGCUGUCGGCAACGACAAAUCCAACCGAUGCUGAUGGAAAGAAUUACAUAGCUAUUCAAGCUGAUUUGGGCGCGAAAAGCGAUAUUAAACGGCUUGUUGAGGAGACAGUAUCAGCGAUGGGUAGACUCGAUGUUGUGAUGUCUAAUGGGGGUUGGACGAGGUUUACAGACAUGUCGUCUCUGGACGAUAAUGUAAAUGACGAAGAUUGGGAUCGGGCGUAUGCUAUGAACGUCAAGUCGCAUCUCUGGUUGCUCCACGCAGCGAGACCAGCAUUGGAUGAGUCCUCAGGAUCUUUCAUCACCACCGCUUCCACCGCUGGUGUAAGUAAUAGCGGAAGCUCUCUUGCAUAUUCCGUCGCCAAAGCAGCGCAGAUACAUAUGGCUAAAGGGCUAGCACGCAUGGUUGGGCCGCGGAUUCGGGUGAAUACAGUAUCACCAGGAUUGCUUCUGACGGAAUGGGCGGAGCGAUUUACCGAUGAGCAGAAAGAAGCCCAUCGACAGAAGACUGCCUUACAGCGUUUCGUUCAGCUUGAGGAUGUGGCUGCACAGGUGUUAACACUUGCGCAAUCUUCCAGUACGACUGGAGUAAAUGUUGUUAUUGAUUCUGGCUUUAUUAUUUGAAUAGCAUGCUUUUAUCUAAUAAUUAACCAGUCUGUUUGGGAAGUUGAUUGCAUAGGUGCCUAGGUGAUCUAUUUGCGCAGCAUGUGUACCGCAGUUAAUGCAAUUAGGUGG